UUCGAUAGUUUUCUUUGAACACUUUACUCGUUUUCAUCUCAUUACCAAUAAUAGCCUUUUAAAGUUUAUAUAUUAAAAAAGAUGAGUGGCAUCAGUGACGUUGAGAAACAACAAUAUUUUAAGGUUUUUUCUGCCCUAGGGCCCACAAAUGGUUUUAUUUCUGGUAACCAAGCUAGAAAUUGGCUCAUGAACUCGACUUUACCUAUGCAAUGGCUUGAAAGGAUAUGGGAUCUUUGUGAUAUUGAUAAGGAUGGUCAACUUGACUUUGAUGAAUUUUCAGUCACAUCUAGAUUGGUUAAUGAUUUAUUGGCUCGGGUAUAUUCGGAUGUCCCACCAACAUUACCUCCUCAUUUAAUCCCCCCCAGUAAGGCAUAUCUCUUUGGAGGAAGCGGUGGUGGAUUUCAUGGAGGUUCAACAUUAGGAAUUAAUUCCGGAGUAUACCCUCGUACAAUUAGUCCUAUUCCGCAAUCGAUCAGCCCAGUUCCAUUAUCCAUUAGUCCAAUCCCUCAGUCAAGCAGUCCACUUCCUAACAUGAUGCCUUCAUAUUCACAAUCACAGAUACAACCUCCACUUCCACCUCCUUCACUACAUCAUCAGUCGAGUAGUUAUGGUAGCUUCCCAACAGCACCUUUAUCCGAUGAUUUUGAUUGGUAUAUGCCUCCAGCAGAUAAAUUUAAUUAUGAAAAUGAAUAUACUAAACAUGUCGGAGCUCAUGGUUAUGUCCGAUUUGCAAACUUUGAUGAGCUUUAUCAACGACUUGGAAUACCGAGAGAAGAGUGUAUAGCAGCAUGGGGUCUUGUCGAUGUUAACUUUGAACAACAACUCGGAAAAGAUCAGUGUCUUGUCUUCCUUCAUAUAUUAAAUCAGCGAAGUAAAGGAAAACGUAUACCUGAUAGUUUACCUAGUGCUUUAAAAACAUCAUUAGUAAGAGGAAAAUUGAAUUACAACUAUAAUGAAGCUCUUGAUCCUUCAUGGAAGUCAAAGACAAAUGAUAGUGUUAAUAGUUCAACUUAUGGACAAUCUUCUAAUUCAGGUGGAAAAUUGGAAGAAGAAAAAUUAGAAAAAGAAUUAGCCGAAUUAAAUGAAAGGAUAAAGAAAGCAGAAGACGCUGCAUUAUCUUCUUAUACAAAUGCUUUACAAAUCUCAUCUAGCGGAGGGAAAACAUCAGAAUAUAGACAACUUUAUGAAUUUAAACAAAAGCAACUAGCAGAAUUAAAUGAAAAAGAACAGUUAAAUAGAAAUUUAGAAGAAUGUAUUCGAAAAGAACGUCUUUCAGUACGUGAAUUACAAGAUAACAUUCAAUCUUUGAAAAACCAUGUAAGAACUUUAGAAAAUACUUUGGAGAAUAGUCAAUCAGAAUAUAGAAGAAUUCAACAAGAUAUUGAUAAUGUAAAACUUGGAAGAUAAUAUGAGAUAUUAAUUUAUUUACUUAAAAUCCUAUUAUUGUAUUUUUAUUUUAAUAUGAAGAAAAUUUUUUAGAUUUAGAUGAAAAACUAUUUAAAUAAAAAAAGAACCAAUUUUGAUGAAAAAUCCGAAAACUUGGAUGAUGACAUUCCAAA